GUCUGGCCUGGGCCUGGCCUAGUGUCGUCUGCCGUUAGGCCUCUCCAACUCUGCUGUUCGAGGCGGGCAGAUUUGCUUUUGCACAGCCCCAAUCGAGUGCCCGCUCCGACGGCCCAACCCAUCCUCACUUCUCAAGUUCUAUCGAACCCCCGUCCCCCGCGCCCGUCGCAGAUUCGCCACCGUCUCCACGACACCGGGCCAGGUUCGGAGCCACGGCGUCAGGACACAGGCCUGGGAGUGAACCAGUUUCCACGUCGCAGAGGUGGAGAGCCGGACGUCGCAGAAAAUCGUUACAAGAGGCGCAGGCAGUAGCGGCAGAGCUACUUCUCUUGUCUUUGAAUCAGUUUCGCCUGUCAACACCGUCGCAGGGCCUCUAGUACUCACAACAUCAACUCCUCGCCUCCAUAACAUGCGACAGCGAUAACUUGCUGCUGUUGCUGCUGCUGCUGCUGCUGCUGCUGCUCCUGUUAAUGUUGGAUCGUUGCUCAAUUGCCUUGCCCUCUUGACUCAACCCUUGGCACUUGUGAACCCCGCAUCGUCACACUAAUUCUGCUUCACUCGCUGGUUCCGAUUCCAGCAAUGAUACCCGGCGGGAACCAUGGAAGCUAAAGCCAUUAGAGAAGAGGCCUUGAUGGCCAGAUCAUCAGGCCGUGACGCUUUGAAUCAUGCAAUUGCCGCAGCCGACUUGUACAUGAAGGCUGCCAAAGAAGCCGCUUCGCCCGCCGACCGCGUUCGUUUUAGGAAGAAGUGCGAGGGACUCAUUACCCAUGCUGAGCAGCUCAAGUCCUCGCCAAAGGCCACUCCCGCGACCACAACUAAAGCCACCACUGUCAUCACCUCGGCGUCGAACCCUAACUGUCAUGUGCGCCAAAUACCCUCCAACGAGAGAGCUAUUCUUUUGCGCUCGUCUCGGCUACAUGGAAAUAUAUUCCCACCCUGGCAGUCCGACCCUGUUGACGGCACGUUCUCCCUGCCCGAAGGAAAACAUGUCUUCUCUGACCCGACGGAAUACACCAUGUCGCCUCGACAACAGUCGAUCCUCGAAGGCUGGAAACGCCCCGUGGAGCAGGCCAGGGAAGAAACCGUAGACAGAGACUUCAUGGCCUCGGAUAGCGACUGUGAUCUUGUACAGGAUGUCACGACAGACUGCUCAGUCGUAGCCAGUCUAUGUGCCGCCAUGAAGAUUCUUCAGAGGGGCAGGCAAUCAGUUCUCAGUUCCAUCAUGUUUCCGUACGACCACGCUCAGGGGCGGCCCAAGAUCUCAAGGAGCGGAAAGUACAUAUUCCGCAUGCACUUCAACGGCUGUUUUCGUCAAGUCGUUGUGGAUGACCGACUGCCUGUCUCGCGGAACAACCGCACAUUGUUCGUUGUCGAUCGCAAGAAUCCCAACUUGCUCUGGCCGGCCCUUUUAGAAAAAGCCUACUUGAAGGUUCGAGGGGGCUAUGAUUUCCCCGGGAGCAACUCAGGUACCGAUUUGUGGGUCAUUACCGGAUGGAUUCCUGAACAACUGUUUCUUCAGAGUGAGGAUGUCGAUCUCGAAGGCACUUGGGACGACAUUAAGGAAGCGUACCGUGCUGGCAAUCUUAUCAUCACAUUAGGCACUGGACGGCUAACACAGACGGAAGAGGAUGCCCUGGGUCUCGUUGGUGAACAUGAUUAUGCAGUGCUAGAGAUUGAUAUCUCACCUGGGGCCCGCCGGCUGCUUGUCAAGAACCCGUGGUGUGAUGGUCUUGUCUGGAAAGGCGUUGGAUCUUCCGGACUUCUCGAGAAAACAGCGGCCCUAUCGCUAUCAGAUACGUCUGUGUCGGUAGAGCCUAAGUCAUCGGAACACUCGAGGCCAGUUGGUUCUUUCUGGAUUUCGGUCGAGGACGUUGCCCAAAACUUCGAGUCCAUGUACCUGAACUGGAACCCGGACAUGUUCACACACCGGCAGGAUCAUCACUUUACAUGGCGGGUGCCGACGAAGAACAUGACGUCCUCCCUCGCCCACAAUCCGCAAUAUUCGGUGCUCUCAAGCAAUGGAGAUGAGGUAUGGAUCCUGCUGAGCAGGCACUUUGCAGACGAAGAGCUUAAUAUUGCGCGCAACAAGUCGGCUUCUUCGGCGGCGCCAUCGAGGCAGCUGGGCUUCACAAGCAUAUUCAUCUUCGAGAGCGAAGGCAAAAAAGUGCAGGUGAGAGAGGGCUUCGUCUACCAGGGCUCCUAUGUCGACUCACCGCAGACACUGGCCAAGUUCAGACUUCGCGCCGGCAAACCCUACACCAUCGUCAUGGCCCAUCAGGAUCUACCGCUGCACGACUACUCGUGCACAUUCACCCUCUUCUCACGGACGCCUCUAGAGGUCAAGCCUGCCGAAGAAGAGAUGAGGUACUACAAGGAGUUCUCCAGUGCCUGGACACGGAGAACCGCCGGGGGCAAUGCGUCAUCCAUUACGUACUCACAAAAUCCUCAGUUCAGCAUAUCGAUCCCCAGGGCCACGUCUCUUUCCAUUCUCCUCUCGUCUGGAGACCGCGAGGUGGCCAUUCAUGUUGAUCUGGUCUGGGCACACGGCAAGAGAGUCACCUCGAUCGGAGUCAAGGACGUCGUGGCCAGUUCUGGCGACUAUCGGAGAGGCAACGCUCUGGUGCAGGUCCCUUUGGUGGAGCCGGGCACUUACACCAUCGUCUGCUCGACGUGGGAACCGGGUCAGCUUGCCGAUUUCGGCAUGCGUGUGGGCUCACAGGUAGAAUGCCAGAUACAGCCCGUGUUGAGUGACGGCGCCGGCCUGUUGCGGACUCGCACACCAGCCAUUGCCUUCAGCGAGGGGGAAGAGAAGAGACGGGCGCCUGUCACGGUAACACGACUUUCUCGGGCCCAAGUUGUUGCCCGUUGCCCCCUCUUGACGGGACGGGACGGUCAGCACAUCCCUACGACGGCAGUCCGUAUCUCUCUUGUGUACGGGAGAGGACCCGAGGAGUCCGUGCUUGCCAUGUCAGGCGGCGGUGAGUUCCGGGAGCUCACUAUGGCUGUCCGAACACAAGAAUUCGACCUCGAGCCCGACCGUUUGCGACAAGACCAGCUAUGGCUCGUUGUGGAACAGCUCGGCAGCCACCAAGGUCGCCAAAGCAUCGAGGUGGAAUUCUUAAGUGACAAUGCCAUUCACGUCGGCGACUGGCAGAUUGUUGAUGGCUAGCUAGACCACUUCUGACACGAGGGAGGAGAGAAAAAGGAUCAUGUUGGUUUAACAGGAAAACAGACAUUUUGAAGCAGCCAUUGCAGCCUUGUUAUGUAUAUUUUGCAUGAAGGCGGCCACACACUCUGUACGAAGGCACCUCAGAAAGUUGAUGGUAUCAAAAGAGGGACGGAACCCCAUCCGUGUUGAACGUAGCUUAUAUCAGCCUCGGAAAACUUUCCAGGAGGUCAAGCUUCCUCGCCCCUAGGGACAAAGGAGUGACGAAAAGCUACUAUGAUAAACGAAGAAAAUAAAAAAAUGGAGGACGUGACGCGACGCGAACGACUCGUCAAUGUGGUAUAUGAUCCACCGCAACGCCAGAAUUCUCGCAAUCGAGACCAAAAACGAUUCCCGUCAUGAACUCGUUGCCACACCAGCUCAAAGAGCCACAGGGCUUGUGCCAAAACAAAGUAUUGCCUCCUCCUCCCAAUCGAAAUACAGAAACAUGACCAAACAAGAAAAAUCAGCAGCGCCACUGCUGCAGGUAUCGUUCCAAAGCUUCCAAACCCCUUCCCUUAUUUACACAAGCUAGCUACACCUUGUCCUAAAGCCGAUUGCAGCCAUACCACCU